GAUCUAGGCGCGCAGGGGCCAAGCAGGGACGCAGCCCAGUGGCUCCAGCCACGCCGUCCUGCCCCCUUCUCCUGCAGGUGAGAAGUGCGCCCUGUUACAUCUGCCCCCUUUCCUUCCUGUCUCCUUUCAGCUGUAACCUAGGCCGGUGGCCACCUCCCCGUCAGGCAGAGAAACGUACACAAAGAAUUGGGGAUUUGGAUUUACACCGAUUGUGGCUUUCAGUCCCGGCUGUGUGACCUUGAGCAAAUUGCUCAACCCCUCGGCGUCAGUCUCCUCUGUAAAGUCACUUGGGAGGAUUAGAGAUAAAGUGUAGAAGGCUUAGCAUGGUGCCUGGUACUGCGCGAGUCCACAGCUAUUUUCACUCCGGACUAGCGGCGAUCGGGGCCCGGCCUCUCCCCGCCCCCAGACUCGGCCGACCUGCGCAGGGGGCCGCCCACCUCCAGCCGCCAGCGGGGAGGCGCCCCAGAGCUGCGGAGCUGCAGACCCGCCGACGGUCUCGCGCUCUGAUUUCCUCACGAAACUGAUGCUCUGAGAGGCCAAGCAGUUUGCCCAAGAUUACACAAUUGCAGCAAUUCUCCGGAAACGGAAAUUAGACUAUUAUUUACACAAACUACUCCCUGAGAUCCUACAAUCCGCUUCAUUUCUAACUGCUAAUGGGGCCUUGUAUAUGGCUUUCUUUUGCAUUUUAAGGAAGAUACUUGGAAAAUUCUACUCAUGGACUCCUGGCUUUGGUGCCGCUCUGCCAGCAUCUUAUGUGGCCAUUCUCAUUGAAAGAAAAAGCAGGAGAGGGCUGCUCACAAUUUAUAUGGCCAACUUGGCCACAGAAACACUAUUCAGAAUGGGUGUAGCAAGAGGAACCAUCACAACAUUAAGAAAUGGAGAAGUCCUUUUGUUUUGCAUCACAGCUGCCAUGUACAUGUUCUUUUUCAGGUGCAAGGAUGGCUUGAAAGGAUUUACAUUUUCUGCACUUAGGUUCAUUGUAGGGAAGGAAGAAAUUCCCACACAUUCUUUUUCACCAGAGGCAGCAUAUGCAAAAGUGGAACAGAAGAGAGAGCAACAUGAGGAAAAACCCAGAAGAAUGAAUAUGAUUGGUCUAGUCAGGAAAUUUGUGGAUUCAAUAUGCAAACAUGGACCAAGGCAUAGAUGUUGCAAACAUUAUGAAGAUAAUUGCAUCUCUUAUUGCAUUAAAGGUUUCAUCAGAAUGUUUAGCGUGGGGUACUUGAUCCAGUGCUGCCUCCGAAUCCCUUCUGCAUUUAGGCAUCUGUUUACACAGCCAUCUCGGCUACUUUCUCUCUUCUACAAUAAAGAAAACUUCCAGCUUGGAGCUUUUCUUGGCUCUUUUGUUAGUAUAUACAAGGGUACUAGUUGCUUCCUGCGCUGGAUCAGAAACUUAGAUGAUGAACUACAUGCUAUUAUAGCUGGAUUUUUGGCAGGUAUAUCAAUGAUGUUUUAUAAAAGCACAACAAUUUCCAUGUAUUUAGCGUCCAAAUUGGUAGAGACAAUGUAUUUCAAAGGCAUUGAAGCAGGGAAGGUUCCCUAUUUUCCUCAUGCAGAUACUAUCAUCUAUUCCAUCUCUACAGCAAUUUGCUUCCAGGCAGCUGUCAUGGAAGUUCAGACUUUGAGACCAUCUUACUGGAAGUUCCUUUUAAGACUCACCAAGGGCAAAUUUGCUGUCAUGAACCGAAAAGUCCUUGAUGUUUUUGGUACUGGUGCAUCUAAACACUUUCAGGAUUUCAUCCCCAGGUUGGAUCCAAGAUACACAACUGUAACACCAGAGUUGCCCACAGAGUUUUCCUGAAGAUGACUGUAAUUUAUUAAUGUGACUAAAUGUUUCAUCUUGAAGAGUUAAUUAUGUUGAACACAAAGGAGGGGGCCCAAGCUCGAACUUCAGUGUUAUUUCAGUUAGAGAUACUCUUUUCAUUUGUUUUGUUUUUCUUAUGAAUCAGAAAUUCAGAAGCUUUUUAGGAAGAUGUUGCUUAAUAAUUAAGCUUCCUCCAUAGCCAGAAUAAGAUUCUGGAUCACUGUAGUGACUGACAUUAUUAUAUAUUAUUGAUCAAAUUAUGUCCGCAAGCAAUAUUAUAUAAUCUACGUAGAAGUGUAAUAACAAACAAGAGUACACUUAAAAUUACUUUAAAAGAUGUCUUUAGUUCAUUCCAAUAUAAUUCUUGAUUAAAAUUAGGAUUAUUUCUACAUGUUAGGAUUUACAAAGGAUCACGGGUACAUGGAUUUGGUCUAUAUAUUUUUUUAAAGUUUUGAAUUGGUAUCUGUAGUAGUGGAAUGUUAUAGAUUUGAAGUAACUCUCCACGGACAGUGCUGCUUUCGUGUAGAGCAAUUUAAUUGGAGAAGUGGCCAUUCUUACUUCAGGGAUGCAAAGAUGGGUCUCAUACCAUUUGGAUAAAUGUCGAGGUAUCCAUGCUUUUUUUCAACUAAUAACAUCAUCUCUCUUCAUGACCAGUUAAUUGGGCUAUUUGGCAGCCCAGUGAACCUAUGUACUAAUGGCAAGUUAGGGGCAAAUGGAAAUGGACACAUCCGAUAAAGUUGAAAUGUAUGUUUUAAUCUUUUACAGAAGUAUUACACUUGAAUAUUUAAAAACAAAACUUUUAAACUUCCUAUAGGUUUAUGAUGUUUGUUUUCAUUUAUAUGGACAUAAUCCUUCAUAGCUCAGUUUAUAUGCCAUUGUUGUAUUAGAAGGGAUCAAAAUCCUAUGGAACAAAGUAGUCUUGGCAAGUUGGCAGUUUGUGUCCUCUCAGCUGUUUAACUUAUGUAAUGGAUGUUUUGCACCUGAAAACACUAUAAAAAUCCAGUGGUUGUUUAAAAAGUCCAUUUGUCACUAAUUCCAUUCAGGUUCUCCAACCUUCUUCUUGAAUAUCAUUGUCACCAUUUUUACUGUUAGAAUAAAGAGGUGACACCAUAAAGUCCUGCUGAUAAUGAGAGUAGUUCAGGACAGCUGUGAUUGAAAUAUGGUCACUAUUUACAGUUUUUCAGGGAAAAGUUAUACUUUUCUAUGUUAAUAAAGAGCUGAAGUGGUCUACAGUUAAUGUAACAUGUAGGGUUGAUGAUAUUUUUAAAAUACAUUUUGUUGCUAAAAAGUUUUUAGGCCAGUGCAAAUUAUGCAGUAGAACUUGUGUUGCCAAAGGAAUUAUAACCCGUACUUUAAAAAUGCUUAAUCCCUCAUAUUCAAUUUCAUCAAGCCUUGUAUACUUCUGCUUAAAUGUAAUUCAAUCCUUGGUUGUUAUGGCAAACAGAAACCCAACAAAAAGACAGACUCUGGUACCAUGGUAACAGAGCCACUUUAUCAUUUGGUCAAAAUUUGGCAUUAUGAUUAGCUUUAUAGAACUGACCUGUUUAUUUGGCAAUGCUGUUAAAGGAUCAUUUUGGUUUCAGACUUCAAAGUUGAUUAAUAAAUUUAAUCUUAACUUUUUAUUCACUGGAAUCAAAAUGAUGGUUGGUACUGUGUUUACUGUUUAAAAUGAAGUACUAAAGCCCUGAGAACUGCACCUCAUUUUCUUUAUCCAGAAAUUGUGCUUAUAUAUUUUCCUGUCAGGUUUAAAAAGAUGUUUUAAUUCAUAAAUUAUUGUUUUCAUUGACAUUAAAAGACUGUGAUAUUGAAAGAUGAAUUACGAAAUUUGCUGAGAUUGUUUAGUAAAAUUUUGCUGGUCAAAAAGGUGUAUUUCUACAAUUUACUUUUUCAUUUUUAUAAAUUACAGUCAUUUUUUAAAUUUUAUGUAAAAUGUAAAAUGAAAUAGCUAUCAUGAAGCAGAAUACAAUGAUGAAUGUAUAGGUUGAGUGAAUAACCAAUUUGCAGUGGUGGAUUGAGAAGUCCAGUUUGAUUUCAUUGGCACAGACUGCAAAGUGUAGUUGUUUGAGCAAACACAAAGAAACUUUGUGUUUUUGAAGACAAUCAGAAUGAUUACCUUUCUACCUCUAACUAAUCAGGUAUUGAUUGACAACUUUUUGGCAUUAUAAAUAAAGUAAAAUAGAUCUCUGCAUUCCAAAA